UUUUUAUUUUGGAGGAUUACCGGAAACACUGCUUCCUCCACAGAAAAAGGGCUCUUGGCAUCCCUGAGUUCAAUGAUGGUGGUUGGAGCCAUGAUGAGGCUGUGAGACGUCACCUUCUGUCUGUUCUGUGCUGCACACUUCCUGAUGGAUUCCAACAAUGAUGAGGCGCUGGAUAUUAUUGUCACCAAUGUGGUGGCUACUUUUAGAACCAGGUGCCAUCUGAAUUUACGCACCAUUGCAUUAGAGGGAAAUAAUGUAAUCUAUAAGCCUGAGGUUGGGAAAGUACUUAUGAAGCUGCGUAAGCCCAAGAUAACAGCCUCAAUAUGGUCUUCUGGGAAAAUCAUCUGUACUGGUGCAACAAGUGAGGUAGAAGCCAAGUUGGGUGCUCGAAGGUUAGCCCGUUGUUUACAGAAACUUGGCUUUAAGGUGAGGUUUUCAGCUUUCAAGGUCGUCAAUGUUUUGGCAGUUUGCUCAAUGCCCUUUGCUGUGCAUCUCAUAGACUUUACCAAGAACAACAGACCCAUUGCAAGUUAUGAACCAGAGCUGCAUCCUGCCGCCACUUAUAGGAUCAAACAUUUAAAGGCCACAAUACAAGUGUUCUCCACGGGCAGCAUCACAGUCACAGGACCAAAUGUGCAGAAUGUGGCUACAGCUGUGGAGCAAGUCUACCCUCUCCUCUUUGAGUGUCAGAAACCUCUUUGUAAAUAGUUUAACUGGGAGAGACACUGAAACACAUGCGGCCUAAGGAACAGAGACAAUGCACCUUAUGCCAGGAGACCCCCCUCCACUACAUGCCGCAACACUUCACACGAUUUUAACUUUUUAACUCCCCCCAAAAGCAAAGUGUGCAAAUGUCUUCCAAAUCUCACCAAGAAAUCACAUACUUUUAACCAAAGUUGUAGGUUCUGCACGGUUUUCAUGAAAUAUCAAGAUUUUAUUCUCAUAUUUUUAAAAAUGUAAUCUACCUGUUUUGAAAAGUGACAUAGACCAAAUUAAGACAUCUAAGUGCAUGCAUUUUUAUGUGGAGUGCAGAAAAUCUCUGGUUGGCCUGAUUGGAUAUUAACUCUUCUUGGAAGCAGUCCGUCCAUUACUCUGUAAGAAAUGACUACCAUAGCCUUUUAAUCAUGAGUCCUGUUCGUGUCAUACCACAGGUUUCUAAGGACACGGCUUAUUUUUAACUUUAGUUUAUGUAUACUAUGUACUAGAUAUUUUUCAGGUAACAUUUAAGUGUGAAGAUAAAAAACAUCCACUUUUGCUUAAUUACACAAGAAAUGCAUUUAUUUAAAUAACAUUGACAAAUUAUUUUUGCAGUGUCUAA